AUGUCGUCUGCGGCCUGUACGCUGCUCGCCACUCUGGCCACCACCGCCGCGAUGCAGACCGGCCAGCGGCCCUCGCCGCCGCUCCGCGCCGCCUCGCCGCGCGCGAGCAUGCUCACCAACGUCGGCGCGGGCAUCUUUGCCGUCUCCGGCGCUCUCGCUUGGGUGGCGCCCGGCCAGAGCCUGGCCAAUUACGGGCUCGCCACCGACGCGUCCGCUCUGGUCACCAUGCGCGCCGUCGGCUGCUGGCGGAUCUGCGGGGCGGCGGUGCUGCUCGCAGGCACGCGCGGCCCGUCGCAUGCGGCAGGCGUUUCCCUCGUUGCCGCCGCCCUGACCACACUCGUCAGUGUCGCCAAUUGGGACGUGCUGAGCCGCCCGCUGGGGAACCAGAUCCCGGGCGUCGUCCUGCUCUCGAUCCUUGGCAAGCUCACACUCGGCGGCAGAGUCGGACCACGCUGGGCGGCGGGCGUCUACCUGUUGCUCGGAGGCCUCAUCUGGGCGGCGCCGACCUCGACGAUCCAAGACGUGUACGAGAUUCAGAAGCCGGUGAGCGACGUGGGCCGCUCGAUGCUCUCGCUCUCGGGCGGCGCCCUCGUGAGCACCGGAGUCUUCCUGGCUGGCCUCGUGCGCGGCCUCGCCCUCCCACAAUGCCUCGCCCUUACCUUUGCCACCGACGCGGCGCUGGCCCUCAAGUGGGCGCUGCUUGAGGUGUCUUCUCUCGGUGGGGCCAAGGUUGGCGGCUUCCUCUGGGCUAUCUCCAGCCUUGCUGUCGCAGCACUCUCGCUUGCAUGA